GCUUUUGAAGUUAGUAGCUCAAUUUUAAGGAGCUACUAUGUAUUAUAGAGUAGGUGCUGCUGGGAACCAACCACCACUAUAAAAAGGUCACCUCUACUUUUUCAACAAAUAAAUUUGGCUGCUGCUGUCACAUUUCAAUGCCUCCAUUUAUUCAAAAACAGGGACUUCACCCAACAUUCUUGACUUCUACAAAAUCUUUAUACAGUUCCCCCCAUAGUUCUAAUAAGUUAAACCCAACUGUCUUCUCACUUGUUAAACCUCAAGCUCGUAAAAUUCUCCGUACAAAGCCUUUGAAUCAUCUUCAAGACUCAAUUUUUUACCAUUCCAAUUCCAGUCAAGGUCUAGCAUGGGCAUUCCCGGCCCUCCAACCUCCACCCCCCAAAAUCUGUGGCUCUCCUGGUGGUCCAUUAAUUACUGGACCGAGAAUCAAACUUAGGGACGGAAGACAUCUGGCUUAUAAGGAGCAUGGUGUAUCCAAAGAAACCGCCAAAUAUAAGGUCAUAUAUGCUCAUAGCUUUGGAUCUUGCAGAUAUGAUGCAGCUGUUGCACCUUUGGAAACACUUGAAGAAUUAGGGGCGUAUGUUGUCUCUUUUGAUAGACCUGGUUAUGGGGAAAGCGAUCCUGAUCCAGAGCGAACCAUAAAAACUACACCUUUGGAUAUGGAAGAGCUCGCUGAUCAACUGGGACUUGGCCCUAAAUUUUAUGUUAUGGGGUUUUCCAUGGGUGGUCAUUCAGUUUGGGGUUGCCUUAAGUACAUCCCUAAUCGGUUGGCAGGAGUAGCUCUAGUUGCUCCCGUUGUCAAUUACUGGUGGCCUGGAUUUCCUGCUAAUUUAUCUACAGAAGGAUACAAUCUACAGCUCCCACAGGACCAAUGGGCGCUUCGAGUUGCACAUUAUGCACCUUGGCUAGUCUACUGGUGGAACACUCAGAAGUGGUUCCCGUGCAAUAGUGUUAUAGCUGAAAAACCAAAAAUGUCUCCUCCAGAUUUAAAAGUUGCUUCUAGAUCUGCUGAGCACGCAAACAAAAUAAAAAAUCUUAAGGAAUAUGCUGUAAAACAAGGAGUAUACGAGUCCCUCCAUCGUGACAUGAUGGUGGGGUUCGGGAAAUGGGAUUUUGAUCCUAUGGAUCUUAAGAGCCCUUUCCCGAACAGUGAAGGCUUUGUCCACUUGUGGCAUGGUGUUGAAGACUGGGUUGUGCCUGUUAUAUUACAGCGCUACGUCGCACAAAGGCUUCCGUGGAUACAAUACCAUGAAGUACCCAAUGUUGGACAUCUGCUUAUUCAUGAUCGAGGCGUGAAGGAGAUUAUCUGGAAGACAUUCCUGACCGGAGAGAAAGAGCAGAUAAUGCAUUCUUAAAGGGGAAGAAAGAGAUUUUGAGAUUCCUUUGUAAGAAGACAGAUUCUGUGUUGAUCAAACUUCUAUUGUUGGUAUAGUUUUGCAAUGGCAUUUCCAACCAGAUCCUGACAUCGGUUUACAACGUUUAAGGUGUGGCCUUGUGAGAAGCACUUUUACUUUUUCAAUGGAAAGUGCAAAAUUUCACUA